AGCUCCAGCACCCCGCGACCCUAACCAGGAUAAGCGGUGUUGACAAUGGAUGGAUGGAUGGUUUCCUGACUCCUCUGGGCUUGGUGGCACGCUGUACGCAUCAUAUUGGUCGAAACGAGUUAGGAUGCCUGCGCCCGAGUUGUGAUUGGCUAAGGACGCUGUCACUCGCUUCCGUGAUUGGCCGUCACUUGCAGGCGAAGCUCGCCUACUGGCCGACGAGUCUUCCCGUGGCUCCGUGGACGGCUUGGUGCUGAUGCUGCGUAUCGCCGAGUUCUAAGCAUCAUCUGGACUGAGUGAACACAAAAACACGCGUGGUAAAAGUGAGCGGAAACGGGCGGAAAAGCAGGAAGGAGCCCGCAGCUGCCACUCGACAAACGACUGGCAGCAAUGGGAGUUUUCAGCCGCCGCCAGUUCUUCCAGGAGCUCACUCAUGGCUGCCUGCUGCCGACAGCCCAACAGGGACUGGAGCAGGUGUGGCAGCUGCUGCUGAUCUGCCUUCUGUGUCGCCUUCUCUGGAUGUUAGGCUUACCCUCCAUUUUGAAGCAUUUGGCCACAGUGGCGGGAGGAUUCUACGUCCUCUACUUGUUCUUUGAACUGCACAUGAUCUGGGUGGUCCUCCUUAGCCUCCUCUGCUACCUCUUCCUUUUUCUGUGUCGCCACUCGACCAUGCGAGGCACCUUUCUCUCUAUCACCGUGUUUAUCUAUCUGCUGCUGGGAGAACUGCACAUGAUGGACACCACCAACUGGCACAAGAUGAGAGGUUCACAGAUGGUGGUGGCCAUGAAAGCCAUCUCUCUGGCCUUCGAUCUGGAUAGAGGUGUCGUGAUCGGCGUACCCUCUCCCAUCGAAUUCAUGGGUUACAUUUACUAUGUGGGAACAGUCAUCUUUGGUCCGUGGAUCAGCUUCAGUAGCUACAAAGAGGCUUUAGAAGGACGUAAGAUGAGCUUUUCGUGGUUAUUCAAAGUAUCUUUUAGCUCGGUUAAAAGUCAGAUUUGCCUUGUUCUCUCCAACUGUGUGGCGCCCUACCUCUUCCCCUAUUUCAUUCCCGUCUACGGAGACAAGCUGCUAAGGAGCAAAAAGAGGAGAAAAAUCAGAGGUUCACUGGCAAAGUGGUUGUUGGCUUAUGAGAACACUCUGUCUUUCCAUUUAAGCAACUAUUUUGUUGCGUAUUUGAGUGAGACCACAGCCACUCUGGCUGGGGCAGGCUUCACAGAGGAGAAGGAAAACCUCAAAUGGGAUCUGACGGUGUCAAAGCCAUUGAGCAUCGCGUUCCCUCGCUCGAUGGUGGAGGUGGUCACAUCGUGGAAUCUGCCCAUGUCGUGCUUUCUCCAUACCUAUGUAUUUCAGAGUGCUCUCAAAUUUGGGGCUUUCUCUGCCAUCAUGGUGACAUAUGCAGCCAGCGCCCUUCUGCACGUGAGUACUAAAGCAGUUAAACUGCACUGCAAUCGUCCAUCUCUGAGUUGCAAGUUUACUUUUGGUUGUGUCUGGCAGGGUUUGAGUUUCCAUCUGGGUGCCGUGCUCGUAUCUCUUGGCUUCAUCACCUACGUUGAGCACAUGCUGCGGAAGAGACUGGCGGCCAUUUUAAAUGCCUGUAUUCUGUCCAAGAAAUGUCAGGAGAACUGCACUCACCAGAACAAAAAGGCACUAUGGGUGUACACGAUCAACAUAGCAUUCAGUGCUCUGGCAAUACUACAUCUGACGUACCUGGGUUCUGUGUUCAAUUCCAGUGUGGACUACAUGGAGGAAGAUGAGGAUGACAUCAGCCAUCACGCCAUUCAGAAGUGGUCAGAGCUGAGUUGGACGAGCCACUGGAUCACGUUUGGAUGCUGGAUAUUCUACCGCCUCGUUCUUUAGACUAGAGAAAGGAUCCAAAGAAGCAAUAAUGAGGGUUCUCUUCCCUGUGACUAUAAGAGAAGCAGUCGAUAGCCAGGUUGGUGCCACUUGGCCUCUGCUUCAUCUGUCAUCUUGACCUGCUGGGGACUCCUUUUGAUAUCCUCACCACUCUCCUUCCUCCUUUUCUAUGGACGGCAUCCUUUUUUUCCCCCUGAGCUCUCGUGUUGUGACAGCAGUUACUGAUGUCUCCCUGCGGGUCACAAUCGAUACCGAUCAGCGUGACGGCGAUCCUGGCUUUUCCUUUCUCGGGAUUGAGCUGUUAUCUCUGCGCCAGAUGUGCUUUCCAUUCAUCUCAAGUGUUUCGUAAUCAUAUUUUCCUUGAUAUGAUGAUGAAAAUAAUAAUGAUGAUGAUGACGAUAAUGAUGAUGAUUGACGGAUAUUGCACAAUGUGCUUAUGCUCAGUGGUUCCAAAGAACAGUGACCAUAUUUGGAACCAUUUUUUUUCUUUUGCAAUGUCAUUAUAUCACCAAGCAUCGCUUUCAAGUGUGUUUAGAGGGUGAGUUUACAUCUUAAUGAAAAGAGCACAGAUAAUGUCCAAGUAUUUAUUUUAUCUGUAAAUUAUUUUAUGUUUUGCGCAUUAGUUGAAAAUUGUUGCCCUAGAUUAGGGGUGUCAAAAUAAUUUUUGUUGCGGGCCACGUUGUAGUUACGAUUUCCCUCAGAGGGCCGUUACGACUGUGAAACCAUGUAAAUGGUUAAUCGCCUCAUAUUGUUGCAUAUACACAACAAAUAGAUGAAUAGCCAAUUCUGAAAUCAGAGGUCAAGGAUACUAGGGUGUUCAGUUACUGUAAAAACAAAAAAAAAGGGGAUUGGUAACAAAAAAUGUUUGCAGUAUCUUAACAUUAUUUAUUACAUAUGACAAUUUAAAAUUUUGGUACAGAUUUUAGCAACAAUCACAGGAGUUGAGGCACAUGAUUUGCUUUCGCGGGCCACAUACAAUGAUGUGGCGGGCCGGAUCUGGCCCCCGGGCCUUGAGUUUGACACCAGUGCUCUAGAUGAUGUCCUCAAAUUAAUUUUUGAGCCUGAAAAGCCACACGUGUAUAGGGGAGUUUGCAAUUUCAAGAAAAUAAUCACUUUUUGUCAUAUUGGUUAAAACGGUCAUUUUGAAUUGCGCCCUAGCAUUGUUAUCCCAGAAAAGCACCUUAUUGGUCAUUUCCAGUCUUCCCCCCAAAAAACAAACAUUUUUGUCAUGUGGUAUUUAACAAUAAAAAAUUGUUCACUAUGAUAUAGUAUUUUAUUUUAAAAUAUAUAUAAAUCAAUGACAUAAUUAAAGAAUAUAAAGAAUUAAUCUUUAUUUGUAUUGUGCUGCUCCUUCUGCUGUCUGCGUCUUGGCCACCAGGGGGCAGAGUAAUACAGACAUACAUGGAGCCAAAGGUGCUGUCACAACUCCUCAGCAGUAAUUUUAGUCGUUCUUCACAGAGAAUAAAUAAUAUAUGCCUGUGAGUAUUGUUAUAUUAUCAGUCUAUGGGUUGCUCCACUAUUUGCAUUGAAAUAUUUGUUGAUGAAAGGGUUGGAACACCACGGUUAUGGAUGCUAUCCGUCAGCCCGUCAAUGGCGUUUUCCUUUACGUGUUAGCAUUAGCAUUAAGCUAAGCUUAAUGCUAAAGCUAAGCUUAUGCGGUGUGUGUUUUCUUGUGUGUUUUAAAUACACAACUUGUAAUUCUGUAUUAUGUUUAGUUUGACAGUAAACUUCAACUGGGAGUGGCAUUGAACAGCUUGAAGCCUCUUUUUUGAAGAAUUUCUCACUAAUUCUAUCUGCCAAAUUGCUGCUUCUUGUGACUUGGAGUUGAAUCACUGCCACUGUACACCGCUCCUAAGUUUAUGGUUGUCAAAGGAAAAAAAAUUGGCCUAAUAACGGCACGUAUCUCAAAAUACUUCGAGUCACUUGUAUCUCAAGGCACCACUGUACUAUUGUCAAUUCAUAAUUACUGUUUUAACAAAUAUGACAAAAAGUGUUUUUUUAUUUUUUAUUUGGGGGGGGGGGGUGGUGCAAACUCCCCUUUUCGUUCUUUAUUACAGAAAAGUAAACCAAGCAUAAAUAGUUUGUAAUUACAUGGAUGCUUGACAACAAUUUGAUUGAGUAAUCAUUUUCAGAUGUAGUUAUGUCUGUUAUUUCCUUUCGGGAUUUGUAGAUUUAGAGAGUCAACCGGCAAAUGUAUUUUGUGGGGUGAAGGUACAGUGCCGUGAAAAAGUAUUUGCUACCUUUUCAAAUUCUCAUCUUUCGCAUAGUUUCUCCACUUUAGUGUUUAAAAUCAUCAAUCAAAUGUAAACAUCAGACAAAGAUAACUCAAGUAAACAUAAAAUGCAUUUUUGAAUGGUUAUUUUAUUUAUUUAGGAGGGAAAAAAAUUAAAAGCUACCUGGCCCUGUGUGAAAAAGUUAUUCCCCCCGUAAUCCUAGUAGUAGUAGUUGAGCCGCCCUCAACAGCUACAACUGAAAUCGGCCAUUUUCUAUUGCUGGCAAUGAGUGUUUCACAUCGCUGUGGAGAUAUUUUGGCCCACUCUUUCUUUGCAGAAUAUUUUUUAUUCAGUGGAGGGUUUUCGAACCCUUUUUAAAAUCAUGCCACGGCAUUUCAAUUGGAUUCAAGUCUCCACAACAAAACCAUGUUGUUUUUAAGCUGUUCAUUAGUUCAUUACUUGCUGGUGUGUUUUGGAUCAUUGUCCUGCUGAAGAACCCAAGUGCGCUUCAGCUUGAGGUCACAAACUGAUGUCUGAACAUUGUCCUUCAUGAUUUUCUGGUAAAGAGCAGAAUUCACGAUUCCCUUGAUCACAGCAAGUCAUCCAGGUCCUGAAGUAAAAAAGCAGCCUCAGACCAUCACAUUACCACCACCAUGUGUUAAUGGUGGUACAAUUUUUCUUUUUCUGAAAUAAUGUGUCACAUUUAUGCCAGAUGUAACGUGACACACGCCUUCCAAAAAGUUCAACUUUUGUCUCGUCAAUCCGUAGAAUAAUCUCCCAACUUCAACUUCAUUUUGUCAGACAGGUUCUAUUUAAGUGAUUUCUUGAUUGAUAAGGUCUGGCGAUAAUCAGGCUUCGGUGUGAUCAGUGUAUAUGAACUCACCUUUCCAAAAAAAAUGUAUUAGCCUUAUUUUGUUCUAUAACAACAAAGACAAUUUAUUUUUCCAAGUGCAACCACAAUUCCAAUGAUGUUGGGACGUUGUGUUAAACAUAAAUUAAAAGCAGAAUACAAUGAUUUGAAAAUCAUGUUCAACAUAUAUUUAAUUGAAUACACUACAAAGACAAGAUAUUUAAUGUUCAAACUGAUCAACUUUAUUCUUUUUAGCAAAUAAUCAUUAACUUAGAAUUUUAUGGCUGCAACAUGUUCCAAGAAAGCUGGGACAGGUGGCAAAAAAGACUGAGAAAGUUGAGGAAUGCUCAUCAAACACCUGUUUGGAACAUCCCACAGGUGAACAGGCUAAUUGGGAACAGGCGGGUGCCAUGAUUGGGUAUAAAAGGAGCUUCCCUGAAUUGCUCAGUCCUUCACAAGCAAAGAUGGGGCGAGGUUCACCUCUUUGUGAACAAGUGCGUGAGAAAAUAGUCAAACAGUCUAAGGACAAUGUUCCUCAACGUACAAUUGCAAGGAAUUUAGGGAUUUCGUCAUCUACGGUCCAUAAUAUCAUCAAAAGGUUCAGAGAAUCUGGAGAAAUCACUAUUGUAAGCGGCAAGGCCGAAAACCAACAUUGAAUGCCUGUGACCUUCGAUCCCUCAGGCGGCACUGCAUCAAAAACCGACCUCAAUGUGUAAAGGAUAUCACCACGUGGGCUCAGGAACACUUCAGAAAACCAAUGUCAGUAAAUACAGUUCGGCGCUACAUCCGUAAGUGUAACUUGAAACUCUACUAUGCAGAGCAAAAACCAUUUAUCAACAACACCCAGAAACGCCGCCGGCUUCUCUAAGAUGGACUGAUGCAAAGUGGAAAAGUGUUCUGUGGUCCGACGAGUCCACAAUUCAAAUUGUUUUUGGAAAUUGUGGACGUCGUGUCCUCCGGGCCAAAGAGGAAAAUAACUAUCCGGACUGUUAUGGACGCAAGGUUUUUUCUUAAUAAGUAAAAUCACCAUUUAAAAACUGCA